AUGCCUUUGCCUGCCAACUGCGGGAUCCAGUGUAACGCGCGCGCGGUCCACUCUGGGCCGCUACCUGGCCUUGCUGCCCUGUCAGUUGUCUGUGAGCUCCUGCCCCUUCUUGGGCCUGCAGCCCUGGAGAAUUUGCUCAGCCAGAUCCCUAAGAAGCAGAACCGUAAGGGCCGGGCUCGCGGCCUGCGCACGACCUCCUUCGGCGGGCGCUUCCGGCUGUGGUCCCUAGGACUCUUCUGCCGGGAGCGCCACCUGGCCAGGCGCCUUAAGAACAAUAGCUUCUACCCAUUCGAGCAGCAGCAGCCAAAUGUCUUCGUGCUCGAGUACUACCUGGACACGCUGUGGAAAGGGAUGCUGCUCUUCAUCGUUUGCGCAGUCCUGGUCAGCGUCAGCUCCCUGAGAGAGGUGAAGAAGCAGGAGACCUGGGUCUUCCCUGCGUACGGCGUGGGCGUGGGCUUGUGGAUGGUGGUCUCCUCGCUGCCGCGGCGCCGCCUGGUGCUGAACCACAUGCGCGGCGUGUACCACUUCUCCAUCCAGGGCCGCACUGUGUGCCAGGGCCCGUUGCACCUGGUCUACGUGCGCCUGGCGUUCAGCUCCGACGCCUACGGAAGGCGCUUCUUCCAGCUGGUCCUCGGUGGCCACAGGUUGGAGCCCCUGGUGCUGGUGCAGCUGUCGGAGCGCUACGAGCAAAUGGAAUAUUUGGGCCGUUACAUGGCCCAGAAACUCAACAUCAACUACUUCGACUACCUGGCCACCUCCUACCGGCACGUAGUUCGCCACUGGCCACCCUCUAGCGGCGGCAACGUGUCUCGCAAGAACCUCGUGGGCAAGCCCAGCUCCUCUCAGUCCAACCUGGAGGUGUGACUCCGAGGGCCACCCCCACCCCAGGACUGCGUUCUCCUCAGCCUCCCAGCGCCCCACUCUGGGGCAGAUCAAAUAUGAGUCCCACUCACUGGCCUUCCUUUCAAUAAAGUUGCCUCAGCUUCCA